UAAUUGACAUUUAUCUCGACGUGUAGUUUUUUAAGUGUGUUUACUAUUUUAAUAUUUGUUUAACAAAUUAUUACAAAACUUUAAAUAAAUAAAAAAUGGAUAAAAACAUUACAUUUAUAUAAGAGUUACAAGUAAAAAACUUAAAAAUAAUCUAAUUUAAAACGUAGGAAAAAGAGGAAUGAAAACUGACUCAACUACUAAUUCAGUAGCAACAAUAAAACCAAUUACAACAUCAACAGCAGCGGUGGCAGCAACAGUAACCACAUCAACGAUGAAUCCCUCAUUGCUGAGACAACGUCAUACUAAUACGAACCUGGAGCAGCAGCAGCAUUCUCAACAUCAAAGUAAACAGACUGCUGCUGAACUUGGAGCAGACAGUAUGUUUAAUAAUUCCCUAGACAAAGACGACGAAGAAGACACACUCUAUAGAAAACACAAUAUUCUACAUAGUCGUCUUACUACACAUUUACAAGAGCGGCAAAAUAAUUACAACAAAAACUUCGAUACGUAUCCCCCCAAAAGAAAUUACGCCAAGAAAUCAACGCAAAAUAAUCCAUCAUCAUUAUCAACGAGUAAUAUUUUACAAACCACAACAACACUGAGACGAGCAAUGUACACUGGAAGAUCGUUUACGAAACGUUCAGCGAAAAGAAGUUUUAGUGAGAGUUCAGCAGAGAAAUUACAUCGUUAUACGACAAGCGAUAGUAGUACUAGUCAAGAGGAGGAAGAGGAUGAAAUAAUGAUGAGUACAGCGGAUAAACGUAAAAUGACUCGUAGAAGUUUAAGUAGUGGACUUCAGCAUCAUCAUAGUAAAUAUCAACAUCAUCAAAUGCCACAACGCAAUCAAAGAAUAUCGCAAAGUUUAGAUGCAGAAGAUGAUGGUGGUAGAGCUUUUGGUUGUUCACCAAUAUUUGGCAAACAUUCAGAGUAUGUCAGUGAUUUGAUUGAUAUUGGUAUCAGAGUUAUAUUGGUUGUUGUUUUUAGUAAAGUAAAAAUUCAAACAGCCUUUACACGCGUCAUCCACAAAGAGGAAUGUGGAUGUAUGAAUCCUCGUACCAAAGAUUAUGUUUCACCUUUAUCUCUACUAUUGGCCGUUAUAUUUGGGCCGUUCUUUGUAACAUUAAUACAUCUGGCGUUAACAAAGGAUCGACGAGAUUUUCGUGCUGCCAGUUGGGCCUGGACUUUAAUAUUGGGUUUAAAUGGUUUGGCCACAAGUCUCUUGAAAAUCAGUGUGGGACGUCCCAGGCCAGAUUUUUAUUAUCGUUGUUUUCCCGAUGGUGUCAUGCAAUUGGCACACAAUGGAACGGGUGUGGAAAAUAUGUUGGAUUUAUUUAAUUGUACCGGUAAUUUAAGGGAAAUAAAUGAGGGACGUAAAAGUUUUCCCAGUGGACAUUCGUCAUUUGCCUUCGCCGGUUUUGGUUUUAUUACCUACUAUGUAGGUGCCAAACUGCAUGCCUUUAAUCAUCGUGGCCGUGGUGAAUCUUGGCGUUUGUGUGUUGCUAUAACACCUUUAGUGUUGGCAGCUUUAGUAGCUGUUAGUCGUACUUGUGAUUAUCAUCAUCAUUGGGAAGAUGUUACCAUUGGCAGUUUGAUUGGUUUAGUGGUCUCCUAUUAUAUAUAUAGACAAUAUUAUCCCUCUAUAUUUUCACCCCAUUGUCAUCGUGCUUAUCCAAGGGGCUCAUAUAACACCACUAAAACCUUGCCGGAGCAAACUAUUAUACCAACACGCAAUCGCAGACGUUUACAUUCGUAUAAACGAGUGCCCAGUGAAGAAUGUGGCGAGGCUAGUCUUUUGUGUGAGGCACAAAAUGAAGGUUUUUCAGCUGAGACAGAUAAAAGGCCAUUGAUAAGUGAACAGAAAACCGAGAAUAAAUGGUUUUGAAUAUUUUACAAUGCACAAGUAAACUACAAACAUACAGUUGUAGUUAAUUGUAUUUUGUAACAUUAUUAGUUAAUUAAUAUUUUGUUAAUUUAUACUACUAUUUCUACUAAAUAUCUUGAAUCAGUUAAUUGCAUAUUCAGCUGGCUGUAUUUUUCUAUUUAUAUAAAUAUUUCUAUGUAUUAUUUUAAUCUAUCUUUAUUAGUUUUAAGUAAUAUUUUUUAAGCACUUUUGUAGCAAAAACAAAAACAAUUACUCCUUAUAUCUGCUCAUCUAUUAUUGAGUUAAGGAUCAAUUGAAUUACACCAAAAGCAAGAAGCUAAAUUACACAGCUAUGACAUUUAAUGUCCUUGUGAAUUUAUAGUCAGUCUAGUUAAAUUUAGUUUAUUAAUUAAAAAGCUACAAAACAAAAA